AGUGGGCAGUCUACUUGAGCGAACAGAGAUGCGAAAGAGAAUCGACAGUCGGAAGAAACACGAGGGAAGGAAUUGUCAUUAUUUUUCUAAAAUCAACUUUUCGUUCGCGGAAUGUGCAAAUACAAUUGAUAAUAUCGUAAUGUGCAGUUUGCAAAUAAAUUACGACGUGUUUCGUGUUUCCUAACUGGCUUUCAUGAAGAUUUCGGAUAGCAAUAGUAUAAAGCGAAAAAAGCGUGUGUAAUUGUAUUAGUGUGCGUGCGUCGGUUUGGCUGGUUGGUGUGUUGGCCGAAAGCAGUAAAACGAAAACUGAAGACGAAAAAAUAUAAGAAAAAGAACAUAAAGACAUACAUAGUAGUCGCGCGGGCAACGAACGUUCAGCGUUAUUGAAGGACGACGAGCGGUCGCUGAACGGACGCUGGCAGCGGCAGCAGCAACGAUAGCCAUAAUAAAAACGUGUGCAGUUGUCGACCGGGCGGAGGAUCUUGAAGAUUGCGCAAAUGCACAACAGCUAGCUGUGAAGCAAAGCGCGCGUGUGUGCUGUGUGCGUGUGUGUGUGUGUUGGUGCGUGUCUGGGUCCGAGUCCGCGCAACACGCCCGCCGCCUACGCCACAUAACCAACAACAGCAACAACAACCAAAUCAAAGCGAAUCGAAUGCUUUCAUUUCCUUUUCGGCACUCCCCCCCAUAAUCCCGCUGCAAGCGAUUUAAUUUAACGCGCUAUCGCCUAUUCCCAACGCCACCCAUACAACCCCGCCCAAAACUUAACUCGACGUCCAUUAUCAGUAUCAGAGUUUCGGGGGAACGCAGCGCAAAAUCCUUCAAAAUUCCACCACAAACGCCUACCAGUGCGAGCGCCAUGCCCGUCUCGUUGGCUGUGUGCGAAACAGCAAAUGUCGUGAACGCCGCGCUGCGGGAAUCGCUGGGUGGCGGCGGCGGCAGUGGUUGCGUAGCAGCGGCCGCGGCUAGCGGUCGAUCCGGCUCUGGUUCGAGUUCCACCGCCGCUGCGGCUGCUUCUGCUGAUGAGGCCAAAAUUGGCGAUCCUUCGGCCACGGAUAAUCUGCAGAGUCAAAUUGUGGCAAACGCCAAACGCGUAUUGCUGGCCAAAAUCGAAUACGAGGAGGUGGAGAACUACCAUGAAUCUGUGCUGGCCAAACUCAAAUCAAAAUACAUCGUCAUAAAGCCGGAUAACAGUGGAGCUGCCAACUGCAGCUACAAAACUAACGGUGCUAGCACUGGCAAAGCACUUAGCUCGAACGGGCAUGACAAUACGAACGGUGUGAACGGCAGCAGUGCUGCGACUGUGAAUGGCAAUCGCAAACAGACAGUGGAGCAGUCCAAUCAGAAUUCCACUACGAAUCCCAAUGAAUUGCCCAAGCCCAAGCGGGUGCUGUACCCGCGCGAGAACAUUCGCAUCGGGUGGAAGCAGUCGGAUAGGAAGUGGCAAGUGGGAGCCGGAAUGCUGAAUGUGGGCAAUACGUGUUACCUCAAUUCGACGCUACAGGCUCUUUUCCACAUACCAGCACUAGCCAACUGGCUUGUCUCGGAGACGGCGCACGUGGAGAACUGCAACAUAAGCGAGUCAUGUGGUAGCGGUGGCUGCAUCAUCUGUGCAAUGGCCAAAACGUUGCAGACAACACAGUCGAAUCAGACGGCGGUCCGACCAUUUCUCAUAUACACAAAGCUGCGCCAAAUAUGCAAACACAUGGUCGUUGGCCGCCAAGAGGAUGCCCAUGAGUUCUUGCGCUUUCUGGUCGAGGCUAUGGAGAAGGCGUAUCUGAUGCGCUUUCGCAACUACAAAGAACUUGAUCAGCUGGUGAAGGAGACGACGCCGCUGAGUCAAAUCUUUGGUGGCUAUUUGCGUAGCGAGGUUCGCUGCCUUAGCUGCAAUCAUGUCUCGAUUACGUUUCAACAUUUCCAAGAUCUGUUGCUGGACAUACGCAAGGCGGACACCCUGGAGGAGGCGUUUGAUGGCUAUUUUUCACGUGAGCGCCUCGAGGACAUGGGCUACAAGUGCGAGGGCUGCAAGAAAAAGGUCUCUGCUACUAAACAAUUCAGCUUGGAACGUGCUCCAAUUACGCUCUGCAUCCAGUUGAAGCGCUUCUCGAUGAUGGGUAAUAAGCUGACCAAACAGAUUAGCUUCAAGCCACGCAUAGACCUCAGCCGGUUCGCGGCACGCAGCCCGGCGGCGUCAACCCAGCCCUUGAGCUAUCGCCUGGUAUCGAUGGUCACCCAUUUGGGCGUUUCUCAGCACUGUGGCCAUUAUACGGCCAUUGGGCUAACGGAGUCGGGCAGCUAUUACAACUUUGAUGACAGCUAUGUACGGCCCAUUGCGAUGCAAAGUGUCUGCAAUACGAAUGCGUACAUCAUGUUCUACGAGCUGGACGUGGCCAGCAGCAGCAUCAACAGCAGCAGCAGCUGCAGUACAUCUGUGCCCAAGCUGAACGGACUUCGUCUCAAUGGACAGCACAGCCCGUCGGUAGCUACUACAGCUGUGGCAGCUACGGCCACCUCAACAUCUGCCUCUGCCGUGUCCCCGCGCUUCAUUGGUCCACAGUUGCCUAAUGGCUAUGCCAACAACAAUGGCCAUGUACUUGGUGCUGCAAAGACUUCAAUUCAGUUCAAGUCAUCGCCACAGAAGCAGCCACAACAGCAGCAGCAUAAUGGCCUCCUAAUGGGGGCCAAUAAAUUUCAGGAGUCUGCGCAAUCGAAGCAUUCACUGGUUGGGUCAUUGCAUAAGGGAGAAACUGCUGCAAAUGCAAGUGCAAAUGCAAUUUCAAAUGCAAAUUCUAACAAAAGUUCCUGCAACAACAACACUUUAACAACCAAUAGCCAACACCAGCAACAACAUAUUCUGCCAAUAUCAUCCGAUGAGGAGGAUGAGGAUGAGGACAGUGACGAUGAUGUUGAUGUGAAAGCCAACACAGCGCCUCAGCUGCCGAGCAUGCCGAAAAUGUUUGAGGAUGCCGAGAGUGUUGCACAAACUGCCAAGUUGAAGCCAAAGACGCCACUCAAGAGCCUGGUGCCGUAUGAGUCUGCCUCCGAGGAGGAGCAGGAACAGCAGCAACAACAACAGCAGCUACUAGUGUCACCACAGCUACAGCCAGCUAAUCCCCGCAAGCGACGCAGUGGCGCCGAUUCAAGUGAAUCGGAGGAUGAGCCACCAUCCAUAAUGCGUAAUGGUCAUGCCAAGAGCAAUGGCAGUGGGAAUGAGUCCAGCACCAGCACCAGCAUCAAAUCCAACAAGUCCGCCUCAAAUGCCUCGUCGGCCAAUGUUAACAGCAACAAACAAAAGACUGAUGCCAUAGACGAGAUAUUCAAAAGUCUAAACAACUAUAAAAAUAAACACAGAGCCACAGCAGCAGGAACUACGACUGCUGAUGCAGACGAGGAUGAGCAGCAGCAGCAGCAGGUCACAAAAAAACCAAGCAACUCCAGCUCCAGCUUGAUCAGCAAAAAUGGCUGGCAGUCACAAAAUGGCAAGGCGCCGGCAUCGCCAAAGACGCCGCCCUCGCCAGCGGUGAUUAAAUCCAAGACUGGCAUUUGGCAGAUAACCCGCACGGAUGAUGAUAACGAUGAUGAUGAUGAGGAUGCGGAUGAGGAGGAUGACGCAGACGCUGAUGCUGAACAGGAAGAAUACGAUGAUGAAGUCGUUGUCGUGGAGACCACACCGAGUAUCACGACUAAAAAUCUCAACAAUCCAUUUGCCAGCAAACCGUCUUCAGCAGAUGCCAUGCCUGGGGCCAAGCGCCAGAAACUGCUAAAUGGUAGCGCCAAGUCGGCGCAGACGCCUCGCGUCGGCAAUGGCUAUCAAAGUGAGGCUACGGCCAAUGGCAAUGCAGUCAGCGAACUGUUAAAGCAGACCCAUCGUGGCUAUGGCACUUCGGUGCUCAGCUGGACCGGCAAAACGUCCGAUUUGGACAAGCAGAGUUUUGAUUUGGUUUGUGCGAAACGGAUAGCUGGUUACGGCGAUAUGGAUGGGUCUGUCGGCGUCAGCAGUGACAGUAAUAUUAACAAUAGCAAGAACAUUGACAGCAACAGCAACAUCAAGAGCUUGACGUUGCUGGCUGAAGCGCGCGAGCAGCGGAAGCGUGAUGCAGAAGAUGAUGAAGAGAAUGAAAUGGAUCGUGGACGUCAGCGCAAGGUCAAAUCGGCGUCGGUCAAAUCAAAUAACGGUAUACCCGGCUACAAUCCAUUCCAGGAGUUCGAGAGUCAGAAGCGCUGGAACGGCAACAAGUCUGGCUCUUUUCCCCGCUUCUAUCAGAAUUAUCGACAGAAUUUUCAGCAGCGCAAUAAAUUCAAAUAUAAUCGAUUUGGCGGCGGUGGCGCCAAAUUUCAACAGCAGCGUGCCUUGCAGCGCCAUCUGGCGGCUGGCGGCGGCUUCACGCGCCGUCAACAUCAAUCGACAGGCCAUCAGCAACAGCAGCAGCAGCAACAAUCGUAACUGGACGUUGAUGAAUGCUUCGCUGCAUUAGUUGUGUUUUUUGCCGCUGUGGGGGACGCUGUCCAGCAGCUGGCAAACGGGUUCGCUUGGAUUUUACACGAGUUUUGUAAACAUUUUUUAACUGCUGAUGCAUACAUUAGGACUAGGACAUGUAAGCUAUAAGCUAGAGCAACCUCUAACAGGUUUAAUUUGUAAACGUGUUUGGCAUUUUAUUUAUUAUGUUUAUUUUUAAAUGAGAGUUUUGGAAUACACAUAAUUUAAACCUAAUGUCGCAGGGGCUGUAAACAUUUUCAAAAAGUGUUGCAACCCCACAAAAAAAUGAUUAUAACUAUAAAACACAGAAAUCAUUAACGGAUAGAGAGAGAAAUAAAAACAAAUACAUUUAUGCCUAAAACCAAAACAAAACUGUUUAAAGGAGAAAAGAAAAUAAGAUACACGUAACAAACAUUGAUGCAAACCUUAUAAGAAAUACACAAAAUAAAAUAACAAUAUUUUUAAGUAACUAACAAGAAACAAAUUCUGUACAUAUUAUAUAUUAAACAAUGAGAGUAGAUUAUAACAUCGGUAUAAGUUAGUUGGCGUACUGAACGGAUAUUUCAAUUGAACGCCACUUUUAUUUAUAGCAUUAGCGGCAAUAACCGAUUGCUAGUGUUAAAAUAUAACCCAAAUUAUAAAAAUAAAAACGUUGGAUUUAUAUUAUA